AUGGCCCAGUUCUUUGAAAUCGCCCAGUCCAAGACACCAUCGGAAGAAGCGGACAGACUCUUUAUGGAAAUCGAGGACAUCAAGAAGGACAUACUGACUCACGACAAGUUCACUGACGCCCUCAUCGUAAAAGCGAAAUCGACAAAAACUCCGCGCUUUAUAGUCGGAAAUCGCGGAACUAGAAGCGAACCGCGAGAAGAGUCUUGCAAUCAAGGAAAACGAGCCAAACGCCAAAGAACGGUCCUAAGAAGACAACAGAUUCUACGACCGUUGGAAUCCGGCGGAGUAGAAGGCGAAAAUCCGCCGUCUGAUUGCGGACAAGAUGGAGCGAUACAGCAUCAAGGGUCCAUGUUCCAGCAGAUCAAGGCCCGAGAAUCCAAAAUUGCCGAACUAUCUUCGGGCGGCACGGACACUUCGGCAGUCUUCAAAGAAGUUGACCCGCUCACGGGAGAAGAGUCCUAUUUCAUGACUCAAAUAGGCACAAGCAAUAUGCCUGAAGACGACGGCGACUCUCUCCGGGAAAUGGGCAAAGAAUUCCGGGCGUUCGUCUCAGACGCAAAAAACCAGCGCAUGUUCAAGAAGGACAAGCUUGUGAGACUCUUGGGCAACUAUAAAAGAGCCAUUUUCCCAGAAUACCCGGAGCGGGCAAUCAUCGAAAGCAUCCUGGACGAACUCAUCAGGAUGCCUGAUAUGACUCGAAAAGAUGCCCUGCUCUCGCUCACGCCACUCAUGCGCCCCAAUGUCCGACAAAGCUUCGACCGGGUCCUCACAAUGAACUCCAAUCACCACGUCUUCAAAAAGAUGAUCGGCAAUCCUUGCGAUGGCUCCGAGGAUUGGCGGUCAGAAAAAGACUCAAAAACAGGUCGAGGACGCCGAGGUGGCCACAACAACGGUGGCCAACCCAAGAAACAAAAAACCGACCACCAAGGGGACGGCAAAAAUCCAGAGACAGAGACAGCGACUCGGGAGGCCGCGGAAGAGGCCGAGAACCAUGACUUGGCUCUUCGACGAGCCCGAGGCAGUCCGACUCUGGGAGAGCUUCUAAAAACGAACAAACCAAAACCAAGAGAAGCGGCCAUCGCUUUCUUCAUCUGCUUCACGACGGGGGCAAGAAUGAAAGAAACGCUCAACUUGAGAGUCGAAGUCCGAGAAGUGGUCACCAAGGACGGAAACGAAUUCUGGCGUUUCCACAUCAGGAGCAGCAAAACCGACCCGUUCUGCAAGCGGAUGGAAACCCUUACCAUCCCCAUGGAUAUGAGACACGGAGUCCCUCUCGCCCUUGAACUCAGAGCCCAGCUCAAAUACCGAGACUCAGGCCUCGUACUCAAAAUUCUCGAAGGUCACACUCGCAUCGCCUCGGACUACUAG